AUGACCGCACUCUUGAGGCGACCCAGCUCUGCAUUGAGCAGGGACUCACCUGGUAAAAUCACAGCUAUCCGACAAAGGGUGCUAUCCAAGAUAGCCAUCGGAAUUCAUGUUGCCCUUUUAAAUGCCAAAAUCAGUCAGAAACCUGGAGAAAUCCAGCUGGAAGAGCCGAUGAGAGAAGCAACAGUUGAACAUGUCCAGCGAAUCUAUCGCCAAUUCCUGAGAUUCAAAGCGCUGGAGUCAGACAGGGCAGCUGAAGCUCAGUACUUACAUCAAGUGAAGCUCGUCCAAGAAGCCUGGUGUGAGAACUCGGCCGCAGGCUGCGCAGGACGACUCUUUCAGUCGGAAUCCGUGGGAUUCAGAGAGUGA